GGUGGUUGAGUGUUGUGUGAGUGAGGUGAUUGGGAUAAAUUCCGGCUUCUUUACAGUAGGGGUCUAGCCUUAAAAUCACAAAUUUGUAUUCCUGUAAAAACAAAUGAACUUAGCGGGAAAUGGCUGACGAACAGGAGAUAAGGCAAUUGGAACUUCUUUGCAAACAAUUGUAUGAAUCCCAAGACACUAGUGUAAGAGCUGAAGCUGAAAAAACUUUGGUAGUAUUUCAAUCAGGCCCUGAUGCACUUACUAAAUGCCAAGUUCUUCUGGAUAGAGGAGACUCUUGUUAUGCACAGUUAUUGGCUGCUACCACCUUGACCAAACUAGUGUCACGGAGUGCACAAGGCUUAAGUUUACAACAGAGAGUGGAUAUUAGGAACUAUGUUUUGAAUUAUUUAGCAACUAGGCCAAAACUUCCUAAUUUUGUUCUUCAGGCAUUAGUUACAUUAUUUGCUAGAAUAACAAAGCUGGGAUGGUUUGAUUCACACAAGGAUGAGUUUGUAUUUAGAAAUGUUGUGGCUGACAUAGGAAAGUUUUUACAAGGUACUGCGGAGUACUGUAUGAUAGGUGUACAGUUAUUAUCUCAACUUACUUGUGAAAUGAAUCAAAUUUCAGAAGUUGAAGCUAAUAGGUCACUUACGAAACAUCGCAAGAUUGCGUCCUCCUUUAGAGACACUCAACUAUUCGAAAUUUUUCGCCUUUCUUGUACUCUCCUAGGAAAUGCAAGAGAAAAUUGCAAAAGUCUUAAUUUUAACGAUGAAAAUCAACACGGAUUAAUGACACAACUUUUAAGAUUGGCGCAGAAUUGUCUUACCUUUGAUUUUAUAGGUACAUCCACCGAUGAAUCAUCGGAUGAUCUGUGCACCGUACAGAUUCCUACCAGUUGGCGACCAGCAUUUUUAGAUUUUACUACCCUUAAAUUGUUUUUCGACUUAUACCACUCACUCCCAACCACUUUGUCGUCUCUAGCUUUAUCGUGUUUAGUUCAAAUAGCAUCAGUUCGACGAUCUUUAUUCAGCAAUACUGAAAGAGCCAAGUUUUUGACUCACUUGGUCAACGGUGUGAAACACAUUCUACAGAACCCUCAAGGUUUGAGCGACCCAGCCAAUUAUCAUGAAUUUUGUAGGUUGUUGGCUAGACUUAAGUCCAACUAUCAGUUAGGAGAACUCGUUAUGGUGGAUAAUUAUCCUGAAGCUAUUCAACUCAUUGCCAAAUUUACAGUGCAGAGUUUGCAGAUGUGGCAGUUUGCACCUAACAGCGUUCAUUACCUACUCAGCCUUUGGCAGCGGAUGGUAGCUUCAGUUCCCUACGUUAAGGCGACCGAACCUCACUUACUAGAAACCUACACUCCCGAAGUAACCAAUGCUUACAUCACCUCUCGCCUUGAGUCCGUGACGGUCGUAGUACGCGAGGGACUCGAGGACCCGCUGGACGAUUUGGGAAUGGUUCAGCAGCAAUUAGAACAACUCUCAGUGAUAGGACGGUGUGAAUAUCAAAAGACUUGUAUGCUGUUAGUGCAGUUAUUUGAUCAGGCUGUGAGAAGGUAUUCCGAAUUGUUGGGAAACCCUAGUCAGACGUUGGAAAUAACUAUUCACGAAGGUCAGUUAACGUGGUUGGUGUAUAUCAUAAGUUCAGCAAUAGGUGGUCGAGUUUCUUUUAACAGUAAUGAAGAACAUGAUACUAUGGACGGCGAAUUAGUAUGCCGUGUCUUACAAUUAAUGAAUCUUACUGACUCCAGGCUAGUGCAGGGUGGCUGUGAAAAAUUAGAAUUGGCUAUGUUGAGUUUCUUCGAAGCGUUUAGGAAAAUCUAUGUUGGCGAUCAGGUGCAAAAGAAUUCUAAAGUUUAUAGAAGGCUAUCGGAAGCUUUGGGACUGAACGACGAGCCUACGGUUCUUAGUGUAUUUAUUAGGAAAAUAAUUACCAAUCUGAAGUAUUGGGGGCGUAGCGAACAAAUAAUAAGUAAAACUCUACAACUUCUUAAUGACCUGUCUGUCGGCUACAGUUGUGUAAGAAAACUUGUUAAACUUGACGAAGUUCAGUUUAUGUUGAACAAUCAUACAAGCGAGCAUUUUCCUUUCCUCGGAAAUUCUGUAGCCGUUACCGAAAUGCGAUGUAGAUCCAUGUUUUAUACUUCUCUCGGUAGAUUGCUUAUGGUCGAUUUAGGAGAGGAUGAGGAUCGAUUUCAUACUUUUAUGUUACCCUUAACAGCAUCUUUUGAAAGCAUAGGAACUUUAUUAGCCUCAGCAGAUUCUCCGAUGUUCGCCUCAGACGAAGCCAAAAAGGCCCUUAUAGGAUUAGCCAGGGAUUUAAGGGGAUUAGCCUUCUCGUUUAACACCAAAACGUCGUAUAUGAUGCUUUUCGAUUGGAUCUAUCCGAAUUAUACACCAAUAUUACUUAGAGCUAUAGAAUUAUGGUACCACGAUCCCCAAGUUACAACUCCAGUUUUGAAGUUAUUUGCUGAAUUAGUACAAAACAGAUCGCAACGGUUGCAGUUUGACGUUUCCUCUCCUAAUGGUAUAUUAUUAUUUAGGGAAGCUAGCAAAAUUAUUUGUAGUUAUGGUAGUAGAAUUUUAAAUGUAGAAGUGCCCAAAGAACAGACGUAUCCUUUGAAGUUGAAGGGUAUCUCGAUUUGUUUUUCGAUGCUGAAAGCUGCUUUGUGUGGGAGCUACGUCAACUUUGGAGUCUUUAGGUUAUAUGGUGAUGAAGCUUUAGAUAACGCCUUGAAUAUUUUUGUAAAAUUAUUACUGUCAAUAUCCCAGUCAGAUUUAUUAGAUUAUCCAAAGCUUUCGCAGACGUAUUAUGUUCUACUGGAGUGCCUGGCCCAAGAUCACAUGAGUUUCUUGUCGACUUUGGAGCCGCAAGUCUUUUUGUACAUUUUAUCUUCAAUAUCGGAAGGAUUAACUGCCUUAGGUGGGCACCUAAAUCAUUUUACAGAUACAAUGGUUUGUACUGGAUGCUGUGCAACAUUAGACCACAUAGUAACUUACUUAUUUAAGCAAUUAACUCAAAAAGUGUAUCCUGGGAAAGAGCAACGUGUAGGAAUGACAACAAACAGUGACAUGUUCCUAAAAGUUUUGGAGAUGCAUCCGGAAAUUCUUCAGCAAAUCCUUAGUACCGUGUUGAACGUAAUAAUGUUUGAAGAUUGUAGAAAUCAAUGGUCAAUGUCGCGUCCGCUACUAGGACUCAUUCUACUUAACGAAGAUUAUUUCAAUCAAAUGCGAGAAAGUAUAAUUCGAAGCCAACCUCCCGAUAAACAGGCAGCAAUGGCGCAAUGGUUUGAAAACCUUAUGGAGGGUAUAGAAAGGAAUUUACUUACAAAAAAUAGAGACCGAUUUACUCAGAACUUGUCAAUGUUUAGAAGAGAUAUAAAUGAUUCUUUGAAGGGACCCAAUGUAAAUAGUUCGUCAGUUAGUGAUAUGAUGACUUCAUAGUGACUUAAGAGUAGCUCUAAAAAUGUGAGGUUAUGUGCUGUUGUAUGUAUUGUGACAUAUUGUUAUUUUAGGUACACUUUGCAUUUAUUUUGUUUGAAAAAAUGAUGUCUACUAGCGAAAAUGUGUAUUUUUUGUUAUUGCUCGGUGUAUGCUGCAGAUCGUUGAUGACUGGAUUUUUUUAUAAGUUAUUAGUACAGAAGAAAAUAAAUAAAUGCAUUGAUUAUC